AUGCAUCUUUGGCUGUUAAAUUUAAUUAUAUGUUUUGGGUGCACCACUAAAGUUAAAUCGGUUCCAAUAAAGGGCAAUUUAACAGCACAGCUUUUCAAUGAUCUCCAAAUAAUCUGGCAAAGUAUUAUUAAAGAGAGCCCUGAAACGAUUGCAGAGUUGCAGACAUUUGGUUCUCAUCCAAUUCAAGGAGACAUACUACCACGUAUCGACAGGAAUGCUCUGCACAUGAUCUGGCCAUCUCCAGCAAUACCAUAUGAGAUACAUGACGAGAUAAAAAGUCGAAAAAGUGACAUAGAAGCAGCAACAAAAAUGAUUUCCGACAAAACUUGUGUGACAUUUCAUAAGCGUACGUCUGAGACAGACUACCUCCAUUUCCAAAACGGUCAAGGAUGUGCAUCGUAUGUGGGCCUCAUCCAUGGACAACAACCUAUAUACGUUGCAAGUGAUUGCAGAAUAGGAAACAUUGUUCAUGAAAUUUUGCAUGCGCUUGGGUUCUACCAUGAGCACACUCGCAUGGACCGUGACCAAUACAUCAAAAUUUUUGAAGAAAAUGUCAUGAAAAAAGCUUGGAAUAACUUCAGCAAGCAGCCUGGAAACACCUUAAAUAUUCCUUAUGAUGUGAGCUCAAUAUUGCAUUAUGGAAGUUGGUAUUUUUCAUCCAAUGGCCUGCCCACUAUUGAAUCCCUUGUUGAGACCGAAGACAUGGGACAGAGAAGGAGGUUGACAAAGUUUGACAUAGAAAGGGUUCAAAAGCUCUAUAACUGUGAUUAA